ACAAUAGCUGUUGUUGCCCUGAAUGACUUCGGUGUGCUCACCUCAAUCUACGCACUUGCCUGUGAUCAACAGGCCCGUGACGAAUGGAUGAACCUUGUGGAACAGGCCAAGGCAUAA